GUAAUUCUACCAUUGAUACGACAAGACGUAUUUGUAAAGGUAGCAGACUUACAAAUUAACACUACACCACCGUCAGUAAACAAAUCGUAUCAACAAUAACAAAAAAAAAAUGUUAACACAAUUAAAAACAUAAGUGUCUAAAAAUCCAGUGAUAAAAAAAGUUUAAAACAACGAAAAAAGUUUAAUUGAAUUUAACGCCCUAAAUAAUCCGGUUUCUUUAGCAAAAUCAUGCAUGAAACUGAUAAAAGCGCAACAGUGCAUUUGGUGAAGUGGCUAUUAACAUCAGCUGAUAUUUGGUAUUUAGUAUAUAAGUGUGCUGAUUACGUGAGUAAGGCUCAAGGACCUGCACAAAAUAGUUUAGCGGUAUUAGAUACAAUAUUUACGGUGGAAGAGGAAGAGGAUUUAAAUAGUGCAGUACCGUUAAACGGUGUUGGUGAAGCACGCGUUUUACAAGUGGCAGGUGGAGAUCAUCCACAUCACGUAGAAAAUAGACAACAACCACCAACGGCUGGUGCUUUAUGGUGGCGACCCGAAACGUUAAACAUUGGAGGUUUAUCGUUAUCUCCACCAAACAGUAUUUCACAACGUGAAAAUUUACAAAUUACACAACCGGCAAGUGCGCCGGGAUCACCUCCACCGUUAAGUCCGUGUUCAACAAUACUCAGUCCUCUAUGUACCUUAGAUCCAAAUUGGCAGGCAACUAAACCAACCGUACGUGAACGAAAUGCUGCUAUGUUUAAUAACGAACUUAUGGCCGAUAUAAAAUUUGUUGUUGGUACGCCGGGUAUGACGAAAGUUAUACCCGCUCACAAAUAUGUUUUGGCAACGGGAAGUUCAGUAUUCUAUGCAAUGUUUUAUGGAGGUCUCGCUGAGCACAAAGAAGAAAUUGAAGUGCCUGAUGUGGAACCUUCUGCCUUUUUAACUUUAUUGAGAUAUUUAUACUGUGAUGAUAUUCAACUCGAAGCUGAUACAGUUUUAGCAACGUUAUACGUAGCCAAAAAAUAUAUUGUUCCUCAUUUGGCGCGCGCAUGUGUAACAUACUUAGAAACAAGUUUAACUGCGAAAAAUGCUUGUUUAUUAUUAAGUCAGUCACGUUUAUUCGAAGAACCAGAUUUGAUGCAACGUUGUUGGGAAGUGAUUGAUGCUCAGGCGGAAAUGGCAUUAAAAUCCGAAGGUUUUGUUGAUAUUGAUAUGUCAACAUUAAAAUCAGUACUAAGUCGUGAAACAUUAAAUUGUAAAGAAACACAUUUAUUAGAUGCAGCAUUAAAAUGGGCUGAUGCUGAAUGCUUGCGACGUGAAUUAACACCAUCACCACAAAAUAAACGAGCGGUAUUAAGUGAUACGUUAUAUUUAAUACGAAUACCAACAAUGUCGAUAGAUGAAUUUGCAAAUGGUGCGGCUCAAUUAGGAAUACUAACAUUACAAGAAACAAUUGAUAUAUUUUUACAUUUUACGGCAACAAAUAAACCUAGUCUGUCAUAUCCAAUUAAACCACGUACAGGAUUAAAGUCACAGGUAUGCCAUAGAUUUCAGUCAUGCGCGUAUAGAAGUAAUCAAUGGAGAUAUCGAGGACGCUGUGAUAGCAUACAAUUUUCUGUAGAUCGACGAAUAUUUGUAGUUGGUUUUGGCUUAUACGGAUCAUCAAACGGAGCCGCGGAAUACAAUGUUAAAAUUGAAUUAAAACGAUUAGGACGUGUACUAUCAGAGAAAAAUACAAAAUUCUUCUCAGACGGUUCAAGUAACACAUUUCAUGUAUAUUUCGAUAAUCCAAUACAAAUUGAACCGGAAACAUUUUACACGGCAUCAGCAGUUUUAGAUGGUGGUGAAUUAAGUUAUUUUGGACAAGAGGGUAUGAGUGAAGUGCCUGUUGGAACUGUUACAUUUCAAUUUCAAUGUUCAUCGGAGAGUACAAAUGGUACCGGUGUACAAGGUGGUCAAAUACCUGAAUUAAUUUUUUAUGGACCAUCUUCGACAGAUGAACACUAACAGUUAAUUGUAUUAAAAUUAAAAGAUAUUGAAAUAUGUGAUUUUCAUAAAAAUAUGCCUUGUGUGGGGGCCUGGCCAUGUGAUUGUGUUACAUGCAGUUUUUUGGGAACAUAUUAAAACAAAAAUAAUAAAAACAAAAUGUUGAGAAAUAUUUUUAAAAUUUCUACUUUAAUUUGGUGGUGUUUAGAAUUGUACAUGCAAUAAAUUCUAAAAUAAGACCUGAGUAGUCAGAUAGCGCGAAUAAAUUUAGCUAAACCUCACACAUGAAUAAUGUGUGAUUUGUAAAUACCUAUUUAUUAAUUAUUCUUAGCUAUUUUAUAAUUUAAAAAAAGUAGCGCAUUGAUGAUUACUCAGCGUUUUUAAAAUCUAAACACGGCUAUUAUUUAUAUUUUUUAUGGAACAUAUUGCCGUAUUUCAAAUCGACUCGAAUUAAAUAUUUUGUUUUGAAUAUGUUUCGUAAAAUUCGCGGAUCAAAAUUUUGAGAAUUAUUGUUGAAAACAUUCCUAAAUUCUCCCAGUAUGUACUUUUUAGAUAAAGCCCGCUUGUUAGAUCCAACUAUGUAUAAAUGAAGUAUUUUAAUCACGUAUACUUUUUUUUUGGAAUCAGGUCGAAGGUAUUUUCAGAACUUUUUUUUCUAGCAUACUAAAAUUAGAAAAAGAAAGUUGCAAAGGCAUUAUUUUUAGUUUUUUCGUUGCAAAGCAACUCUCGUAUAUGCAUUCCAAAUGCAUUUUCACGUAUUUUUUAACUUUCAUUGGUUUUGACUCAAGGGGGUAAAAGAGAUGAUUUUUUUUUAUUGAAAGUUGAAAGUACCUGACCGAAAAAGAAAUUAAUUUUGCACUUGUAAAUAC